UUCAUUUCUUCUCUGUGCUCCGCCGCCGCCGCCACCAUCCUCAUCUUCAAUCGGCCCACUGCGAACCAACACCAUGGCCGAGAAAAGCAACUCAUUCGAUCGGCCAUGGCAUUAAUCGACGGACGGCGAGAGCGCGACCAGAGCAGGCAGAAGACGGUGGCUGCGACUAUGGCUUCCGGCGACGGGCGAAAGCUUGAAUCGAUCAGCCAUGGCGAACCCAGCGAACACGGUGAAAACAGAAACCAGCGACGCGCGCCAUCGGGGACGACGAGCGACGCCACGGCCGUCGCUGCCACCGCCUUCUCCCUUCUCCGUUCAUCGCCAUCGACCUAGCGACCGCAGUAUCGGACUCUCAGUUAGCAAAAUGAAGAAAGAAGAAGAAGGGGAGACUGAUAUUGUUGGAGACUCUCAGACGAAUGAUGCCGUCCCAGACGACUCUAUAUCGAAGGAACUAGAUGGUGAAGUACUAUUAGGACAGAUGGACUCAAGAGGAGCACCGGAAAUUGAAUUGGAAAUGCAACAGGUACGGCUCCACCAGAGUGAUGGUUUGUUGGACACAUCAUCAAUUGAAAAUGGGAGUCUUGGAAACCCAGCUACCCCUCUGCAUUGAAGAAUGACGCUUGAGGAAGAAGGAGUUCACCCUUUGGAAAAAUGCGGCUGGUUCAAACACAAAUAUGAAGUAUUUCAAGAGUCGAAACAAAGAUUGGUGAAAGAUGAUAAAGUUUCGAGGCCUAAGAUACAACGGCUUCCCGGUUACAUGGGGGGACGCGCCGAGUUCAAAACAUACUACUUGCCCAAGCUAAUUGAAAUUGGUCCAAUCCUUCAUCUUCAAACUAACGCAGGGCUAGGAGACGCACAAAAGCUUAUGUGGACAUCAAUGUUUCUUGAAGAUACCAAUCAAAACGCCCUUGAUUUAUGCAAAAAGAUGUUUGAUCAUUUGGAAGAACUAAUGUCGCUAUUCUCGCCAGGCUGCUGGAGAUACAGACAGGAAGAACUAAUAACGCUACUUUCACCAUUCGGGAUAGCCACAGAUGAUAUCGAUCUCGCUAACGGAGACUUCAAAGAUAUCAAGUCGUGGAUUUUGUUUGUGGAUGGAUGUUCGGUACUCCAAGUGUUGGACAAAUCUAACGAUUCUGAUUCUGAUCCAGAACAAGUGUUGCGGGUUAGCGUUGACCAGCUGGUACGGGUACACCAGGAUCUGCUCCUCUUGGAGAACCAAAUUCCCUUCCAAGUGCUCAAGCUCUUAAGCAAGGACGAAGCCAAACUGAAGAAAUGCAUGGACAAUUUCCUUCAAAUUCACCGUAUUACGCUGCCAUCGAGACCAGGAAAGCAGGAGACUACAAGCACGGGUGGGGAAGUGUCGCGCUCGCGAUCGCAAGAGCACAAGGUAACAGUCCAAGACAAAGACGACCCAGUUCAUGUUCUCGACCAUCUCCGCAGGGCCAUCCUGGGAAAUAGUGGUGAUUGUGACCAAGGCCACAAGGACCAGCCAAAAUCCCUGCACCCAAGAAAAUAUAGGAUUGGGAACAUACGGGAGCUCAAGGCAGAAGGGAUUCGAGUGAAGAAACAUCCAAACAACACGUCUUUCCACCCAAACUUCGUUGCUGGACAACUACAACUUCCUGAGCUCACGGUGGAUGGCUCAACAGGCCUCAUUUUCCUGAACCUGAUAGCAUACGAGAUGUGUCCAGACUUUCGCAACAACAUGGAGAUCAGCUCAUACGUAGUGUUCCUCAGCUCUCUUAUUGAGCAGCCGGAGGACGUGAAGGUGCUCAGGUCUGCUGGCGUACUCCGCAACGAACUUGCUAGCGAUAAGGAAGUGGCUGAUCUGUUUAAUAAGAUGGACGUUGUGUUGGAGCCCCCGCCGCAGAGAAAUGCCGACAUUAUAGGCCAAAUUGAAGACUAUAUUAAAUCCAAGCAGGGCAGGAUCAAAAUCUUGCGUUGGAUGGACGAUGCCUAUAAUACGUACUUCCGCUCGCCAUGGACCAUCAUUGCCUUGCUGGCUGCAGCGUUGGGUCUUACUCUUACGUUUAUACAGACCUGGUUAGCCAUUCACCCUAAAGGUUCAUAACAACAAUUUUAUUAUGAAGAUGUGGAUUUUAUGUUUUAAUUGAGUCUUGCAUAUGCUUAAUGUGGAAUAAAAAGCCAGUCCUGUUGUGAGUGAUUAUGUGAACUUAAUUGUUAUUUUUGUAUCCUAAAUCAGCGUUAAAUGAAUGUGUGAUCCUGUGGUUGGAGUUUGAUAUUAUCCUAUUCUCAUGAUGUAAAAGUUCCUACUUUGUUUUUACCAUAAAUAU